AUGAACGGCGACGACCCUUUCAUCCAAGUCCAGCAGGACGUAACUGCGCUUCUACACACCACCCGCCAGCUAUUCUCCUCCUACCUGCGAAUCCGUUCCUUGGCGUCUAGUCGCACAUCUCCUGAACUCACUUCCGCCCAUUCCGAGCUCGAAGACGCUUUAGCAGACCUCGAAAUCGACCUCGAAGACUUGCGCCUCGCUGUAUCUGAAGGCGAACGGGAUCCGUAUCGGUUUGGACUUGAGGUCGAAGCAGUCGCCAAGCGUCGAAAAUGGCUUCGAGAGGUAGAAGGAGAGUUGAGCGAUAUCAAGGAGGAGCUGGGGAAGGAAGCUGCGAUUAUGGCUGGCUCUGCAAAGGGACGGCAACCUACCACCGUGGUAUCUUCAUAUGAUGACGAUAACGGAAGUAGAGCGGGCGACGACUCUUACACCCAGUUCGAACAUCUACAUCAACAGGAAUUAAUGCGGAAUCAAGAUGAUCAAUUAGAGAGUGUUUAUAGAACUGUGGGGAAUCUACGAAUGCAAGCAAAUGAUAUGGGUCGGGAGCUUGAAGAGCAAGCCGUUAUACUCGACGAAACAGAUGCUAUUGCUGAAAGGGUAGAUGGCAGGCUGAAGAAAGGUAUGAAGAAUCUAACCGAGUUUGCAAGAGCUAAUGAAGAUAAAUACUCCAGUUGCUGUAUUGCAAUAUUGAUAUUUGUUCUCAUCCUAUUGUUAGUGCUUCUAUUAGUAUUAUGA